CUCUUUCUUGAGAAAGCUUUCCACGUUUUUUUUUUUCCCCCAAGCUCCAAGCAUCAGCAGCUCUAUCUUUCCGUGUGAAUACUCAAUUUUGGAGCUGCGCUCCCCGCCUUUCGACGUUAUGGCCUUCACGGCAGUGCACUAUCCGACGGACAAAGACCAAAACCAAGCACCUUAUUGGCCUGAAAAUGAGGAGCUGGGGGUGGCAAGCGAUAACAACUUCUUUGAACAGUUCCUUGCCUUUGAUUCUUCAGAACCCUCGGCUCUAGGUGGUGGCAAUGACUUACUCGCGAAUCCGCCCAGUCCGUCUAUCCUACUCGAGAACCUUGAUGCUGACCUGUCCAAUCCGUCUACCGAUCAGGACACGCAAUCUGGACAGUCUCGAAGCGAAACAUCUGGCUCAUCUAUUUCGCUAGACUUUUCCUCGAUACCGUCCCUAGAACAAAGCAAGUCAGUACCAUUAGAACUCGCUGCCCCUCUCAUAUCAGAUCCUAUCUUGUCCAACGGUUCGAUUUCAGAUUCAGAACUUCUUCGCUUAGAGGGCAUCUCUAGACUCUCGAUAGAGUCGCCGAAAAGAAAUGCUACAGCACCUCAAGGUUCGCCUCUCGCAAACCAAGGUUCCCUAAGCCCACGUAAGCAUAGUCGCGUUUUGAACUCGUUCUGCUCCGCAUUACGCCGAGCGACGCAUUGGUCGAAGUCACAUAAGCCUCAAGAACCCCCGAUGGAAGUAAGCACGGCAAUAAUGGGAGAUCCGUUAAAGACAGAAGACAGUGUCUGUUACGACCUCCCAGUGGACUUUGAUCUAAGCGGAUUAGGUGAUGUCAAAUUGGAAGAAACGUCCAUUUCGAAUAACCUCCCCCUAUCACCGCCACUCACCGGUCGGAUACCUGCCGAUCAUAACUCGGACGAUAUAAUGAACUUCGUAAGCGGUCAUUUCGAUGACCCAUUCUGCGAUGAUGUGCUGGCUCCGCCUGCUAUUAUCGACUCCGUAGGUAAAGGACACGACAUAGACUUGAAUACUCCGAUGACAACCCCGGCGCUAGACGACGAUAUUUUCUAUCAACAGACACUUGAUCUAAUCGGUUCAAACGGAACCUCACUCCACCAGCAGAAGCCACAACCCAAAUUACGGAGCACAAGCUCGGCAGAGUGGCCGAUGGAAGGCAUUCUUAACAACGAUAGCCAGAACGGCAUUUGGCCUACAUCGUCCUCUCCAGGCGCAGGACCGGCAUACGCUUCUGACAGCGGAGGCGGUAUAUCAAGCCCGGGGUGGUGGGAUACGCCACAGCAGGUCAAUGGUCACCGCCAUCACGGUGGUCGCAGUCAUAGCCAUAGCCAUAGCCAUAGCCAUAGCAGUGGCUCAAUUCACAACAACGUAUCACUGAAUCUCUCAAUGCAUAACCAGCAGGCGGAGCUUCCAUACGAGUACAGCACCGGCGCAGAUAUGUCGGGACUAAUGAUUCACAUGCCGCAACCCCGUACGCCACAAGCAGCAGUGUUGAGUUCCAAUAUGAACGACCCACUCAUAAUGCCCUCUCCAUCAUCUGCCUACUAUCAUCCCCCUCCUCAUUCCGGUAGCCGUCGAAAUUCCUCAGGCCCAUCGCAGUACCACCACGGGCACCAUAGCGAGCACCGCCGACCACGACCUCGCGCUCCCUCCUCUGGUGCCCGUCAUUAUGGUAGCAGUAACCCCUACGGAGGCCCGAUGACUUCGCCACGCAAGGUAUCCUCAUCAGCAGCAUGUUAUACACUACGUGAAGAAUCGAUGUCGCCCACGCCUCUCCCACGCCAACGGACCUCCUCCUCGUCUUCAAGUUCCUCUCUAGCUCUGCGCAAGCAGCGGUCAUGGAGCCGGCAACACCGUAAGGGUGGCGAGCCACGAACGCCCAGCAGCGGCCGCGUGCGGUCAUCAUCCUGUCGGUCGGCGGGUUACGAUCCUAGCGGCGGCGGCGGCGGCGGCGGUGGAAGCUUAUCCAUUGAGUUUUGCAACUACACGCCGAGCGACAAGAAGGUGUUAAUGAAUGGUGUGGCGCCGAGCGGGUCAAGUAAGACCAAAGCGCGGCGCGAGCGCGAGGCCCAAGAGAAAAAUGAAAAGUACGUGGAGGCAAUUCGCGCUGCGGGCGUCGACGUGGAAAAGUUGCGUCAGAACGGUUUCCUCUUCACCAAGUAGCCAUUGAGCUGAUUUUCAUUCGUGCUAGUUGGAUGCCUGUCUAAUAAGGAGUCUGAGAGAAACAUAAUAAGGGAGGUCGCCAUGUGAACCCUGGCGGACUUGGCCGGCUAGGAUUGUUUACUCUUUACUUCGCUGCUUUCUUGUGCUUGUACGUGGUCACACUUUGACAAGUCUGGAAGCAAGCGGAUAGGUAUGUGGGAAGGAGUUGGGUUCGGGCAGAAGACAUG